AUGUUCAUUUACCAAGGAAAGCUCAACUGGUACAACUACGCCGUUGACGAGACCUUCACCAUCAUCUUCCCCAAGGGUGUAGUCCGCGCCAAUGAUCCCGUCUACAUCUUCACCCAAUGGACAAAAGACGCUUCUGGCGUUGAGAAGGCCAAGUUCUUCCAAACCAUCCUCGUCCAGGAUCUGAAGCAGCUCCCCAAGACAACAGAUGUCAGCUUCACUCUCUCCGGGGCAUGGUACAACUAUGCCAUCACCACUGAGCAGAACUACAGCAAGAUCAAGGUCGAUAUGACAAGUCUCUCUGGUGGCAAGGCCAGCACUGCUCUUGAGCGCCACUGGCAACCUCAGGGUGAGAUCAACCCUAAUGCUGCGCUUCGCAUUUGGGCUGGUAGCAUCAACUGGCGCGAGAAUGCUGUUAACGAACAGGCUAUCUUCGUCCUCCCUGAGGAUUAUGAGGAUGGAAAGCCUAUUGUGUCUUCAUGGCAGUGGACUAAGGAUGGCUCUGGCAAUGCCAAGACAUCCGCCUUCAAGGGUACUAACAUGAAGGUCGUUGGAUCUGAUGACAAGUUCGACAAGUUCGCCUUCAACAACUUCUUUGACAUCACUUGUGCCUGGAACAAGGAGACUCAGAAGCUUGGUAUUGAGGUCAAGGCCGAUGGAAAGCAGGCCAGCAUCGGCGAGUUGAACCUUGUCGCCAAGAUCGAGCCCAAGGCGCACUCUUUCGACUCGGAUGAUCUCGUUCCUCCCACCAGAAAGGAGACCGACUUCCGCCUCCCCCAACCCGUGCAGACUCUCCCUCGCGUCCUUGAUCCCAUGCCCUUCCCCAAGACUAUCCUGGAGACUUUGACGCAUGGUGUUGCAUUCAUUGAACAGGCCGGCUACCUUACCGCUCAGGCCCAGAACAGAUUCGCUGCCCUUGAUGCCGACUUCCACAAGCAAACCGUCCUGGUCGAGACUCUCAAGAAGGACAAGCAGAACCUUGAGGGCCAAAUCACGUCCCUCACUGGCGAACGCAACCAGGCCAGGUCGGAGGUUGAUGAGCUCAACAAGCAAAUCAAGCAAAACACCGCCGCGCACCAGAAGAAGGUUGAUGAGCUUCUUCGGGCUAUCAAUGCUCUUGAGAACCACGACCUCAAGGACCAUGGCGACAUGAACAAGCUGAAGGAAGAUAUCAGCGCUCUCCACCGCAAGAACAUGACCCUCAACGAGAAGCUUACCAGCGCUCAGAUCGAGAAGAAGAGCCUCGAUACACAGAUCAAGAACCUCCAGGGACAAGUUGCUACUCUUGAGUCUAAGAGAGUCACCCUCCAGAACGAACUCAGCAUCCAAAAGGCGCAGAACGUUUCCCUCCGCAGUGAGGUCCUUACCCUCAAGAGAAAGCUGUCCGAGUCACUCGAUGCGAACGGACAUCUCCAGAAGAGGCUCGCUACAUCUGAGACAGAACUCAAGGAGACAAAGACGAAGCUCACAACCGCUCUUCAGAAGGUCACCAAGGCCGAACACGAUCUGAAGACUGUGACUGACGAGAGAGACGACUUCAAGGAACAGUAUGAGACUACAGACGGGUACUACCAGCGCGAGAAGAUCGAGUCCCAGAAGUGGCACAACGACUAUGAUAAGUCCUAUCACAAGAUUCGGGACUACGAGAGCGCUGUGGAGAAGUGGCAGCGUGUCGUCAGUGACAAGAAGAUCAAGUUCCCCGAGGUCACAGAGAUCAACGAGAAGUUCAAGGAGAUUCGACGCAGCACCUGA